UUUAAGAAAUAUUUGUUACUAACACGGUACAGCACACAAAAGUGACAUGUUUAGGGGGAAAAGUGCCUGGUUUUCAAAGAGUGUGAAUGAAGACCUUCGUCGCCUCUGGGUGUCAGAAGGCGGAGAGACGGCGAGCUGUACCACCGCAGACUACCUUUUCAGCCAGGACGCGUCGUGCCCUGAUACGAGACGGAUUUAUGAAAGUGCGGAUUAUUCGGAAGGCAAGGUGUCCGUUUUCCACAGCUCCUACGUGUCGGCGUGCGGACGAGGGCAGAAUGGAGCCUCUGUGGCCAUCGGUCACUACGUGCUGCCUCCCGCAUGUGUUCAGCAAGAAGUGAAAGCUGCUUUGGGAAGCUUCGUUUGGGAGCAAGAGGAGCAGCACAAAGCGGUGGAAGAAGAUAACCGUGAAACCAGAAAAGAAACUAACAUUUCGCCUGAAGAGCUUGGGAUAGAAACCUCAAAGAGAGGGCCAUUCACCUGUUGCAAUACACAACAUUAUCCUGUCAACAACAUGAUCACAGGAUAUGUUUCUGCAGAUGAAUUGAGGAAAUAUUCUGGUGAGCUGCACGACUUUCUUCCUGGUCACCUUGGUUUUUCAGUCACUAAAGCUCCUUGUGAAAAGUAAAGCAUUGCCCCUGUAUAUACAAAACAAUCACACAUAGUACUCUAAUAGUGCUUCUGUAUAAGUUUCUUAUUACGUAAGAAAUGGCUAAAUAUGCUUUGCAGGACACUGGACUGCAGAAAAAGAAAACUGAAUGCCUAGUCUCAAUAAAUUUUGGUUAUUUUACACUAACGUCUUUCUAGUAUGAGUAAUUAUAGCAGACCAGUGCUUAGAAGUAAAUUAGGAAGGAGUGUCUUCGUAUUUGUCACAUUGAUUAUCACUACUAGAUGUUGUAAUUAGCUGGCAUUUCCAUUACAGUAUCUCUCUUUAUUAUUUGUUAGAGCAGCAUGUAUUCUGUACAAUUAACA